AUGGCCAUAUUCACAGGCUUCGUCGAGAGGCUCAAAUCUUUCAGCCCGCAGGAAAGAAGGGCAAUAUUUUUCUACAUCUGCGGCAUCAUGCUGUACAAAUUUGGCCUGGAGGCGUUCAACGGGUCCAUCACGGCACUCGCUACCAACCGUUACGACUAUGAAAGCGACACCAGAGGCACCCCGUCACGAACUUUUGAGCGUCUCGGUCUCCUCCAGGGAUUGAACCAAGCCACGCAGUGUGUCGGUUCCAUCCUCAUUGCACCCCUGAUCAAACACUACCCAACGAAGAAUGUACUCUCAGCAGCCAUACUCCUGUUUGGCCUGAUGACGGCGAUCUUGCUCAUCCUCGAUGCUGCGACGGGAGGCACUUUUGUUCCAGAAGCUUAUCGCAAGAAGCAUCCCAAGGACGAGUGGUCUUACUACGGAGAUUACAACAAUGACGCCAUCAUACCCAUCUACACGGUCACCGGUAUCGCGUACGGCAUGGUCGAACUCAUCCGCCGCGUUAUCCCUCGAGAUAUCGUUGGAGGCAACGUUCAGAAACUUCGCCAGAUGGAUAGCUUGGUGCAUAUCUUCUACGAAGUCGCCGGUACAUCAGGCGCCUUCGUCACCGCGCUGGUCUUGAUACCCAACCUAGGCAACAAUCGCUCCUUUGUCAUCACCCCGAUCUGCUUCUCUCUUGCAGCUAUUCUAUGGUUGUUCGUUGUAGACGGGAGUCACGACCGCAACGCCCUCGCGCGAGCUGAGGCCCGCAAGAGCAACUAUUUUGUCAACAUUGGCAAGGGGUUCCUUCUCUUCUUCGAGUCCAUCUGGGUCGGCGCAAGGAUUUUGUUCACGUCAACAAGAUUCGUCUGGCUUGUCCCGGCAUAUGGCGUAGCUCUCUACGGCCACCGAUACCUCGAAAACGGCAUCGCGCCCCAAGUCGCCCGACGGUACCUGGGUAACUCGGCAUGGUCGCAGAUCAUGGUCGGCGGUUCCAACUUUGGUGAACUUCUGGGUGCCCUAUUCGUUUUCCUAUUCACAAACGUGGUCAAGACGCCUAUCCCGUGGCUUCGCCUCGAUGCCCUCAUGCUGCUCAUUGUUUGGUAUAUCCCCUACUGGUACCCGCCCUCGGGACAAGUAGGUCAGGCCUGGAUCGUGGCCGCCACCUUCUUACCGGUUUCCUUCGGGUGGGCUGCAGGAGACGUAUCGCUGGCUGCCUUUAUCCAGGCUUCCCUCGCCAGGCUCGAAAACAAGGAGGACAGGGUUUCGCCUCUGGGUGCUGUCAUGGCUUUCUUGUACUCCUUCUAUAUUGUUACGUACGCGAUUGCCGGUACUUUCCUGGGAAGGUAUCUCGAUGGCGUUUACAACCGAACAGGAUCAGUGCGAGAGGCACUGGUGAACACCGCCGGAGUGCACUUCACCGUCAUCAUGGCAACGGUCUUUGCGUCGACGUUUAUUCCCAAGGGUUCUCGGUGUUUUAAUCCCGAGAUGCUGGAUGACACGAAGCUGGAUGAGGACAUUGAAGAGUACCCGCCUUCGCCAUCUGACAAGGAUAUCAUGAGUGAGGUUGGGCUGAAAAAGGAGGCGCCCGCGAUCGUCGUGUGA